AUGCAUCUCAAGACCAUACUAAGCCUAGGAUGGGCAGUCGGGGCAGCCCUGGGCUAUACCAUCCGAGGGUUCGGCCGGCAGUGCGGUACGGCGCCUCCCUCCGCGGACCAUUACAAGGUUGCCAAGCAGUUGGCCGAGAAGGAGGGUGCAAUGCGUGCAGCUGCGGUUAUCUCGGUGAAGCCGGUCACUGUUAAUGUAUACGCUCAUGUCGUGGCUGGAACGAACAGUUCCGCCAUGGGAUAUCUUACCAAUGCUACAAUCGUGGAUCAGAUCAAUGUCCUUAACACGGACUACCACAACACCGGCUUCAGAUUCCAUCUCCAAGGCGCCGACUGGACCAUCAACCCCGACUGGGCCGUCAACGUCAACCCAGACGACAUGAAGCGUGCUCUCCGCAAGGGCACCUACAAGGACCUGAACAUCUACUUCCUUACGCGCAUCGACGGCAACCUCGGCUACUCGUUCUACCCCUCGGACGCGACCCAGGGGUCCAACGACUGGUACCGCGACGGAUGCGUCAUCCUUGCCUCGACGACUCCCGGUGGAAGGGAGCCCAACUUUAACUUGGGCAGGACGACGACGCAUGAGGUUGGUCACUGGUUUGGGCUGUUCCAUACAUUCGAUGGUGGGUGUGAGGAGACGGAUGGUGGUGAUUUCGUCGAUGAUACGCCGGCGCAGGAGAGUGCUACUGAUGGAUGUCCUAUUGGGAGGGAUUCGUGCCCGAAUAAGGAGGGACUUGAUCCUAUCCAUAACUACAUGGACUAUUCUUACGACCGGUGUAUGGAGGAGUUUACUUUUGGCCAGAUCCAACGCAUGAGGAGCUAUUGGGAGAGGUUCCGGGCUAACAAAUAG